AUGUUGUUGAUCUAUGUUGAUGAUAUAAUCAUCACAAGGAACAGUUCAAGGGAGCUAAACUUGUUCAUUAUCAAACUAAACAAGACUUUCUCACUCAAAGAUCUUGAACCACUCAACUAUUUUCUCGGCAUUGAAGUGUUUAGAGACAACACAGGUAUAUACCUUUCACAAGGGAAGUACAUAGCAGAGUUGCUACAAAAAGUGGAGCUAACUAAUCUGAAGCCUAGCCCUAUGCCCAUGGUUGCUGGAAAACCCCUAUCCUUGUCUGAUGGAGAACCUCUCAACUCACCAACAGCUUAUAGAAGCAUAAUUGGAGCUUUACAAUAUCUGAGUCACACUAGACCAGAUAUUUCUUUUGCAGUAAAUAAAUUGAGCCAGAUUCUUAAAGCUCCUACUACUGCUCACUGGAAUGCAACUAAAAGAGUUCUCAGAUAUUUGAAGGGCACUAUGUAUCAUGGGAUUCACAUUUCACCAGGCACUCAACUCAACCUGGUUGGAUUUUCUGAUGUUGGCUGGGCCUGCUGCCCUGAUGAUAGACAAUCCAUUGUAGGGUAUUGUGUUUACAUGGGGGAUUCUCUCAUUUCUUGGUCUUCUAAGAAAUAA